GCUACCCCAGUCAGGGCGCGAGCCCUUGCGUGCACCUGCGCCCACGGUCCCCGCGCCCGCAGCCCGCUGCGCGCGCCGCUUCCUGAGCGCGCGGCGGCGGACCCGCCCUGCUGCUGGGCCCCAGGCGACAGCCGAAGUACAGGUGCCCUGGGUGCAGCUCGCCUCCCCUCUUCUUGCCGCCGCCGUCGGAGCAGGCCUCGCGUCCCUUGUCCCGCCUUCCGCUGCGGCCGCCUUCCCGCCGCGCCAAAUGCAGGCUGUCGCCCUCCCUGAGGAGAUCCGUUGGCUCCUGGAAGAUGCCGAGGACUUCCUGGCAGAGGGCUUGCGGAACGAGACCCUCAGUGCCGGUGCGCAGGACCAGAGAGACCACAUCCUCCGGGGCUUCCAGCAAAUCAGAUCCAGGUACUGCUGGGAUUUUCAGCCCCAAGGAGGAGACCUUGGCCAGGACAGCUCUGAUGACAACCUGAGUGGGACCCACGGUCCACCCCUCACCUCAGAUGCAUCCUUUUGGUCAGAUUAUCAGGAUGAGGGAGUGGAAAACAUCUUAAGAGGGGCCCAGGAGCUGGAUAACAUCAUCAAGCAGGGCUACUUGGAGAAGAAAAGCAAAGAUCACAGCUUCUUUGGGUCCGAGUGGCAGAAGCGAUGGUGUGUUGUCAGCAGAGGCCUCUUCCUCUACUAUGCCAAUGAGAAAAGCAAACAGCCCAAAGGGACCUUCUUCAUUAAGGGAUACAGUGUCCGCAUGGCCCCCCACCUGCGAAAAGACUCCAAGAAAGAAGCAUGCUUCGAGCUGACCUCCCAGGAUAGACGCAGCUACGAGUUUACAGCUCUUAAUCCAGCUGAAGCCAGAGACUGGGUGGAUCAAAUAAGUUUCUUGCUAAAAGAUCUGAGUUCCUCAACCAUUCCCUGUGAAGAGGAGGAGGAAGAAGAGGAGGAAGAGGAGAAGGAAGAGGAAGAAACGUACGAUGACAUUGAUGGUUUUGACUCCCCAAAGUCUGGUUCCCGGUGCAGGGCCGUGCCCCUGCCUGAGCCUACAGAGGAAGAAGAGGACAUUUAUGAAGUCCUACCAGAUGAAGGCCAUGAUUUAGAAGAGGAUGCCAGCGGCACUCAUGGAUGGCGAGUGGACUGUGCCAAUUAUUACCAGGGCCUAUGGGAUUGCCAUGGUGACCAGCCAGAUGAACUGUCCUUCCAACGAGGUGACCUCAUCCGCAUUCUGAGCAAGGAGUACAACAUGUAUGGCUGGUGGGUAGGAGAGCUGAACAGCAUCGUUGGGAUUGUUCCAAAGGACUACCUCACCGCCGCCUUUGAAACGGAAGAACGAUGAGGAAGCCCAGGGAACACACCCUUCUCUCCAUCCUGCCUUCCUGAAGAAACAUACCAUCAGGAAUUCCCAUCCUCUACGCGGCUGAACAGACCCAAAAUCCUGCCACUUUACAUGACUUUAAACCACCAAUAAAGCAAGUAGGAAGAGGACAGUUCGCCAGGUCUACUCCUGAAAGCAGCCAGCUCCUAGCUUAUAUUGCCCUCUGUAAGCCUUGUCCACGCACCCAUCUCUACCUUGUCUACAAGCUUGCAACAAAGAAGCCGACACUGACAGAAACCGCUUGCAACAAAGAAGCUGACACUGACAGAAACCGCGGGAGGAGGAAGUUGCUGGUGGCUCUCAAAGCACAAAUAAAGUUUAGAUGUUUCUUUUC